UCCCAUGAACUGUUUCGAGGCUGUGACUACUCAAUAAAACAUAUCAUUGAUCUGGAUCAAGGUUAUACUCUCAUUAAUUUGAUCACAUGAUCUUAAGCUAUACAAGUAUAGUAUUAGUAGCUAUACGAGAGAGAGAGAGAAAAUUUCUCUCGAGUGUCUCUCCGCAAAACCUCUUUUAACCUAGCCGCCGCACUUUCAACUCAAUCUUCUCGGUGGCCGGAAGCUCCUAUUCCGGUCGCCACCCCUCACCGUGCUGUUCCGUUGCCCAAGCCUUUUCCCUUAGCCUUCUCUUCGUUUACUCUUCCUCUUUGUCCGUUGUCUCUAGAUUUUUGCCGUAGCUCGGUGAAUCUAAAUCGGAGCCACUCGUGUGUGUGGUGCCCCUGGAGCGCUGACGAGGAGUAGUUCCGUCGAGGAGUCUAAGGAGCCUUCGACCGCAGCCCCUCUCAUCAAUCGGAGCAGAUCUGGGUCAGAUCUGACCUCGCCCCACCGGAAAGGAUGGUGUAGCGUCGCUGCUUCCUCCUCCCCUUCUCGGCUUGGCUUGUACCCGUACGAUUUUUAGGGGUUUUGUCUCUCAAGGUUUCUGUAGAGCUUCUCUCCUCCGUUUGGAAUGAUGGCGGUGUUUAGGCUCACCGACUUUGAGGACCUCUUUUCUAGUUCAAGUGACGACAACCUGGUGUCUCACAGGUGAUACUUCGAGGUCCUCUUCUUGCUUCCUGACUCCGUUUCAUAGGGUCCUGAGGACAACCCGCCACCGUGUCUUUGGCUUGAGAUGGUGCUCUCGCUACCCUGUUGUUUCGCCUGUUGUAGAGGAGAUCCUGAUCUCCUUCUGUGCUUCAUCCUCGAUUUCCUAGCUCCGGCGAAGUCGGGUGUAUACCCUUGACGUCUCCCCCGCUCUGUUGUGUCGCGUGGCCGGAUGAGGAGCUUGUUAUACCGCUUGCGCUUGACUUGAUUCAGUUCUUCAUCUCCUGCGAGGAAACGUCGGGUCUCCACUCCGUUCUAUAGCCGAGUAAGCUUUGGGUUUCUUUGCUCGGCGUCCUCCUCCUAUGGUGUAUAGGAGCCGUUGUCUGUCGCCUCAGUUGAAGCCUCGUGGAGCCACCUUUGGGUAUAUCAAGAGAGAUUAUAAGAGGUAACUUGACCGUGAUCAUCACAAGACCGAGGUGGACGCAUCGAAGAGCUUGACCGUGUACCUGCCGCUUGUGGCCACGAAAGUUAACGUUACACUCCUGGAGCCCUAAAUAUCCGAUACACAAAACGGCUGAAGAAGACUAUCAUUCGAUCUGCGAUCUCACUUUCGAUCCCUUUAUUAAAAAAAAGAAAUUCUAGGGUUUGAUUCCAAUGACUGGGUUGCAUGAGAUUCAUUUAGCCUCAAGAAGAGCAGAAGAAGCAGCUGCGAGGCGAUUCCAAGCCGUGCAAUGGCUACAAUCUGUAGUAAGUCAACUCGGUAUACCGAGCCAGCCAUCGGAGAAAGAGUUUGUUGCUUGCUUGAGAAACGGUAUGAUACUAUGCAAUGCUAUCAACAAGAUUCACCCUGGAGCCGUCACCAAGGUUGUCGCGCAAUCCCAUCUGCAGUCGUGUAACAGAGAGUAUCAACUUCCUCAAGCUUAUCAGUACUUUGAGAAUGUACGGAACUUUCUCGUGGCUUUGGAACAGUUGAGGCUUCCUGGAUUCGAAGCUUCUGAUCUCGAGAAGGAUAAUAUAGAGUCUGGAUCAGUGAGCAAAGUUGUGGACUGUAUCUUAGGACUCAAGGCUUAUCAUGAUGGGUUCUACAAGCACAUCAAAACGCCACCGUUUCAACUCUCUGCAACUAAGGUUAAUCAUUCACUUGGUGCUUAUAAAACGUCUAGGCAGUUGGACAGAACCGAUUGCACAGAUGGUGAAUCUGAUCAAAUCAAAGUGAUAACCAAGUUGUUUGCUGAUCAUAUUGUCAACUCAAAGGAAAAUUUCUAUGAGAAUCUUAUUUCACAGGAGGAUGGCAGUAAGUCCUGCAAAAAUCUCCUACACCGGACAAAAUGCAACCAUAAGCGUUUACUGAAAACACAAGAAAAUGAGCUUGCGGUUCUCAAGUCUUUGUUUAUAGAAACGAAGCAGGACUUUCAGGAAUAUCAGCUUCAUUUGCAAAGAGAUCUGAUGGAACUAGGUAAUCAGAUGCAAGAGAUGUCAUCAGCAGCUCAAGGAUACUACAAAGUGGUGGAAGAGAACAGAAAGUUAUUCAACAUGGUGCAAGAUCUCAAAGGAAAUAUAAGAGUGUUCUGCAGAGUUAGACCUAUAUCCAAUAGCGAAACGAAUGGAGUAAUAGAUUACAUAGGAAGAGAUGGAUCUUUGUUUGUUGUGGAUCCAUCUAAACCUCUAAAAGAUGCAAGAAAAACGUUUCAGUUUAAUCAAGUGUUUGGUCCAACAUCAACUCAAGAUGAUGUAUUCAGAGAAACAAAGCCAUUAAUCAGAUCAGUGAUGGAUGGUUAUAAUGUAUGCAUUUUUGCUUAUGGACAAACAGGAUCAGGGAAGACAUACACCAUGAGUGGUCCUCCAAGCAGAUCAAUCACUGAACUUGGGAUCAACUAUCUAGCUCUAAGUGAUCUCUUUCUGAUCUGUGAUAAAAGAAGGGACAUGAUAAACUAUGAGAUAUAUGUUCAAAUGGUUGAGAUCUACAAUGAACAAGUCAGAGACCUUCUUUCAGAAAAAUCCUCCUGCAUCAGAUUAGAUAUUCGAACUUGCUCCAGCGAGGAGGAAGAUGGCUUGAGUCUUCCAAAUGCUACAAUGCAUUAUGUGAACUCUACCAUGGAUGUACUCAAGCUGAUGGAGGCUGGUGAGGUGAAUAGAGCUGUUGGUUCAACGUCCAUGAACAAUCGAAGUAGCCGGUCUCACAGUAUUUUUAUGGUGCAUGUACGUGGGAAAGACACAUCUGGGGGUACUAUCCGAAGUUGCUUGCAUCUGGUGGAUCUUGCAGGGAGCGAGAGAGUGGAUAAAUCAGAGGUUACAGGAGAUAGACUCAAGGAAGCACAAUAUAUCAACAGAUCGUUGUCUUGUCUAGGAGAUGUGAUCUCUGCAUUGGCUCAGAAGAGUUCUCACAUCCCAUACCGUAACAGCAAGCUGACUCUUCUGCUCCAAGACGCGUUAGGUGGUCAAGCCAAAACAAUGAUGAUUGCUCACUUGAGUCCUGAGGAAGACUCUUUUGGAGAAACAAUCAGUACUCUAAAAUUUGCACAGAGAGUUUCGAGUGUUGAGCUUGGCGCUGCUUCUGCACACAAAGAGACUAGAGAGAUUAUGCAACUCAAGGAGCAGCUUGAAACCCUGAAGAAGAAGGCUCUAGGAGGUGCUGAAGAAUGUAACAAGGAGAUGAAGUCUCCUUUAAGCAGACCUAUUGCAACAACAGAGAGAACUCCUCCACGCUUCAGAAGAUUAAGCAUCGAAAACUGUAGCAACACAACACUUAAAGACAGAAGAGGUAUUAAAUCACCUCUGGUUUCUCCACGUGGAGCAAAAGAGAUAAAGUCUCCUUUAAGAAGAAGGCAGAUUCAAACAGCAGAGAGAACUCCUCCACGCCUCAGAAGAUUAAGCAUUGAAAACUUUAGCAGUACUAGAUCACCUUUGGAUUCUCGUGAUGCACAAAUAUUGAGUUUGGAUGGUCUAAGGUCCUAUGAAAAGGAUGAAACUAGUAAAGGAGAUCUCAAGAAUCCACUGAGUCCUAGCAUGCCUCACUUCCAGCUAAUGCAGACGCCUGUUAACGCUGAAGUGGAUACUAGGACAAGUGGAAAAGGCUCACAUAUAAGGAAGUCUCUGAGGACGAUAGGAAAGCUGAUCAAUGGUUCAGAGAAGCGAAAGGAGAACCUUCCUGAAAAUCCACUGUCACCGCUUGGAGUCUCGAAUAACUUCAGUGGUGUAAAGUCUCCAUUCACAAGCAACGUUAAGACACUGCGAAGGCAAUCACUCACGGGACAAGAAAGAUCCUCAAUAAGAGUAGAUCUAGUUGAGAAUGGUAUAAAAGGUGCAAGGAAUGCAAAGACGCCUCCACCUGAACGUUCAUCAUCAAAGAUAGAGAAGAAAAGGGACUAGAGACCAUUGAAGAAUAACACGUUCUCUUUCUGAGUGAUGCAUGCUGUUUGGAUCUCUUAGAAUUGGAUCAUUUUUUAUCAUCUCAUAUUUUGCAUACAGUGAGCUUAUCUCUUUGAACCAAAUGUAGUCUAGAGCAACCAUGACAGUGUUUGAGUUAAGCACUCUGUACAUCUUUUCCAGUUCCGUUGUUCUGUCAGGUCUUAAAACUUGACUUUAAAAUCUGAUCCUCUGAACCAGCUUCACCAUCAGAUCCUCGUUUUGUUGUGGCUCGAGACCCAGUUAUUGAAAAAAAUGCUUAGCUUUUGGCCUAUGAGCCUUUCUUCUC